CCUUUCUCUAUUUAAUUUCCUCCAUCCAUAUAUAAUAUAUCAUCUUCUUUUUCUCUUGCCGAAGGUAAGUCUAGCUGUAUAAACAAGAGCAGAACCUACUACUUUGCUUUGCGGGUUCAGAAUAUUCUGAUGGGUCGAUCACCGUGCUGUGACAAGGUGGGUUUGAAGAAAGGACCUUGGACUCCAGAAGAAGACCAGAAACUCUUGGCUUACAUUGAAGAACACGGCCAUGGAAGUUGGCGUGCCCUCCCAACAAAAGCUGGUCUUCAGAGAUGUGGAAAAAGCUGUAGGCUUAGAUGGACUAACUAUCUUCGACCUGAUAUUAAGAGGGGAAAGUUCAGUUUGCAAGAAGAACAAACCAUAAUUCAACUCCAUGCCCUAUUAGGGAACAGGUGGUCGGCCAUAGCAACUCACUUGCCAAAGAGAACAGACAAUGAGAUAAAAAACUACUGGAAUACGCAUCUUAAGAAGAGGCUAGCCAAAAUGGGCAUCGACCCCGUCACGCACAAGCCAAAGAACGACGCCCUACUCUCUAGCGCCGACGGUCACUCCAAGAACGUCUCCAACCUCAGCCACAUGGCUCAGUGGGAGAGCGCUCGGCUCGAAGCCGAGGCUCGCCUCGUCAGAGAAUCAAAGCUCCGCUCCCACAGCUCCUCAUUACUCCAUCAGCUCACCACCACAAACCCCAAUACCUAUGUUCUGGUGAAUUCUUCGUCUUCGGGUUCGACUUCAGCUCAACUUCAGAUUAAGUGGCCGUCAUCAAACCCUUCUAAUAAUAAUAUUGAUCUCGAGUCUUCGACAUCUACGCUCAAUUACAAUUCCGAUCAGACUAACGUUAAUAACGCAUCGUCCUCCGCAGUGGGGUCCGCGAUUAUGAAGCCGGCGAUGAUCGAGUUUGUUGGGUGUUCAGGUUCUUCUGAGACCAAGGAAGAAUGUGGGGAUAAAGAAGAUUGGAAGUCCCAUUUGUCUUUCACUUCAUUAGGGUUAGUUCAUGAUCAUCAGACCAUCACAAUGUCCAUGGACGCUGGGAGUGCAUGGCCUACUGCUACUGAUCAUCAAGUUGGCUAUGUGGCUGCUGACAUGGCAGCUGCUGAUCAAGAAGGGUUCACUAAUCUCUUGCUUAACAACUCUGAUGAGGUGCAGAGUUUGUCAGACGGGGAUCACGGCGGGGAUUCUGAUAACGGUGGUGGAAGUGGCAGCGGUAGCGGUAGUGACUACUACGAAGAUAAUAAGCAUUACUGGAAUAGUAUUCUCAAUUUGGUGAACUCUUCCCCCUCAGAAUCUCCAUUGUUUUGAUGAUGAACUCUGUAGCCACUGCCAUGUCCUCUAUGUGAUCAUUUCGGAUUAAUUGGAGUUCUGAUUGGGAAUUAAAUCAAAGUGUGCAACAAAUUCAGCUCCUCUCAUGAUCAAAUUACCAAAAGCAAAUCAUUUGCUUAAUUUCCGUUCAUGAAUUCAUGCUAUUGCCGAAGCAGUUUUUGGUUGCUUAUGCAAUUUUCAUAGGUUAGGUACCAGAAAAAUGUAAUAAAAUAUGCUUGACAUGCAUGCAUGCUUGGUGUAUUCUCGUGAAAGCAAAAUAAUUACAGUUUUGGCUGGCUGUAGCUCUCACAUCAAAUGUUAAUACGUCUCCCCCUUUUAACUUGUUAGAGAGUCGUUCAUCUAGCUGCAAACUACGUAUCAGUCUCGUAUAGUUUUCUUCAAUAUA